UCACGCUGCCAAGUGAGCGGAUGAUCACUCAGCUGGGGAGAAGGAAAGACAGAAAACAUUAGAUCAACUCUCUUCUUUCAAUCUACUGCUGAUUUACUGAAGCCGCAGGAAGUACGCGCGGAUACAUACUGCACCGUUCAAGUCCCAACAUCAGCGUCGUUUUAUUCUGAUGUAGUUUGUAAUAUUGAGGGAGCAUCUAUUGUUCUGUCUUUCGUGGAUGUGGAGUUCCUUUUGUAAAGUCCCCCGACAGUGAUGCGCAGUCAGGGAAUAUGAUCAUUUAAACUUUUCUUUAUCUCUUAGUUUCUAUCCGGUCAAAAUCCUCCUUUAAAAAAAAUGCAAGUCCUCCUGUACACAAUUGUGUUCUUUUACCUCAAGGAGUCUGCCAACGCAGAACCGAAAGCCAAGUGUCCAACGCGAUGCGAUGUGAGUACCUGUCUGAGCCCCAGCUGCCCCAGCGGCUACGUGCCAGACCGCUGCAACUGCUGCCUGGUGUGCGCGCACGGAGAAGGAGAGCCGUGCGGCCGCAAGGACGAUCUGCCGUGCGGGGACGGACUGGAGUGCAAACACCCGGCGGGAAAGCGGUUUUCCAAGGGCGUCUGUGAAUGCAAGUUCAGCCAAGAAGUCUGCGGAAGCGACGGGAAGACGUACGGCAAUGUGUGCCAGCUGAAGGCUACCAGCAAGAGCGCUCUGCAGCAAGGACAGCAAGGCAUCACCCAGACCCAGAAAGGGCCGUGCGAGACGAGCAUAGGUCCAUCACGUGCUGCAAGUCCUCGCUACAAGUUCAACUUCAUAGCCGAUGUGGUGGAGAAAAUUGCUCCUGCAGUGGUCCACAUUGAACUCUUUCUCAGGCAUCCUCUCUUUGGUCGAAAUAUCCCUCUGUCUAGUGGAUCUGGUUUUGUGAUGUCAGAGAAUGGACUGAUUGUUACUAAUGCCCAUGUGGUCUCCAGCUCCACAACAGUGUCCGGUCAGCAGCACCUCAAGGUCCAGAUGCAUAAUGGUGAUGUGUAUGAAGCCAGCAUUAAAGACAUUGACAAGAAAUCAGACAUAGCUACUAUCAAGAUCAAUCCACAGGCGAAGCUGUCUGUAUUGUUUCUGGGCCACAGUGCAGACCUGAGGCCCGGAGAGUUUGUAGUUGCAAUUGGCAGCCCAUUCGCCCUACAAAACACUGUUACCACUGGCAUUGUCAGCACCGCUCAGAGAGACGGCAAGGAGCUGGGUCUCAGGGACUCCGACAUGGACUACAUCCAGACAGACGCUAUUAUCAAUUAUGGGAAUUCAGGAGGACCUCUUGUCAAUUUGGACGGGGAGGUGAUUGGCAUCAAUACCCUGAAGGUUGCAGCAGGAAUCUCAUUUGCCAUUCCCUCUGACAGGAUUACUCGCUUCCUCAAUGAUUCGCUUGACAAGCACAGCAAAGAUGUUAGGUCAAUAAAGAAGCGUUUUAUUGGAAUCAGGAUGCUGACCAUCACACCAGCGUUAAUUGAAGAGCUAAAACAGCAGAAUCCAGAUUUCCCUGAUGUCACCAGUGGGAUUUAUGUCCAUGAGGUUGUUCCUCACUCACCUGCACAUAAAGGUGGUAUCAAAGAUGGUGACAUUAUCGUGAAACUGAAUGGUAGACCUCUGAUGACCACCGCUGACCUGCAGGGGGCACUGCAGGAGGAGACGGCCCUGCUGCUGGAGAUCAGGAGGGACAACGAUGACCUUCUUUUUAACAUUGAACCUGACGUUAUCAUGCAGUAGAUAUUUGAAGCACAAGUUGCAGAAGAGGACCUUCCCAUUUUUGCGGAAGAUCACAUACAAUGGUGGAAGCUCUGCACCAGUGCAGUGGAAUUUUUGUCAAGCAGACACAUCUUCUGAUACUUGGGUGGUAACUGUACCAAAGAGGAGCCCAUGCGCAACAAGCUGCAUUCCAAUUUUGGUCUUGAGGAUUUACAGGUGUGCCUCCCACCUGGCCAGGUCGACAUUGGAAGAGACACACAUGUAUCCCCAUCACCACCACACACGCGCACACAUUUUUCAACCCACAGACACAUUUACUGCACAAGCAUCGCAAACAUAUGUACUUCAUAUGAUAGAAUGAUUGGCAGCAUCUAAUGGUGCACAUCACAAAAAUUACAAAAUAAAAGCUGUUAGCAAAAGCAAAAUAAGCAAAGCAAAAUAAAAGUUGAUGACUGUACAGCUGGAUUGACAUAAAUGCUACUAAAUUAAAAAUAAAACAACAAAGUUAUGAUGGUAUGCUGAGAAUUACAUUAAGGAAGUUGCUCUAUAUUAGAAAAUUAGUUUUUUUUUUUUUUUUUUUGGCCAUAUAUCUGACUAGCGGACAUGAUUGUGAACAUUUUAUCAUUCUAGUACACAAACCUUCACUAUCCAUUGCCAAUUAAAAGAGCUGGUCCACUGUUUCAUGGCCAGGGCAGCAACCACAAUACUGACAGAAGCUUUUUGAGCAAAAUGUGUAUCCGUGAUCCUGUAGGUAAAACAGACUACUAGCUAAAUUCAGUUAAUAUUACCUACACCGCCAUACCCUGAAACACCAUGUCCUUCCCUCAUGUAUUUUGGCAAUUAAAACAGUUUUCUUAGCUUGUGGUCAGCAUACCAGGACUCCAGCUUUCAUCUGCCACCCAUAUGACCUCAGACCUUCACCGGAGAUGUUAGGAGGGUCUGGCUGGUCAUUCAAAUCAGGGACAUUACAGUUCGUGGUCAGCAUCUUAACUCUUUAACAGGGCGGCACCAUAUUCUUAUUCAUUGAUGUCCUGCCCCGCAAGUAAGCCCAGCCACCAAGCACUUGCCAGCAAUCUUCUCUCCCAGGUGUGCAUCCAUCAGGGGUCUGUGGCCUCCCUUAUCCAAGUGAGCUAUAUGGCUUUCGCAGUUGCCACUCCAUAGGGAUUUAUGAUGGAGAGGGAGCUGCCCCUGACUAAGCAAACCUCUUGAUUUACCAGCCAAUCUAUCAUCAUUGGUCAUGAACUUUGGGUGAUGAGUGAGAGAAUAACAUUGUGGAUAGAAGCAUCCAAAAAAAAUCUUUUUUCAGGGUUCUGGUGAGGAGUUUAAAUAACUAGCAGAGUAGAACCACCAUUUUUUCAUCUUAAAAGGAGUCAGUUGAAGUGGUUCAGGCAUCUAAUUAGGAUAUCUGUGGGAUGCCUCCUUUUGGAAGUGCUCCGACCAUGUCUAAAUGGGAGGAGAGACAGGGCCAGUAACACACUGCAGGGAUUUUAUAUGCCAUCUGGCACAGGAACACCUUGGGCUCUGCCAAGAGGAUGCAUCUGGGGAAGAGGGUGUAUGGGUCACUUACCUGAGUAGAUGGAUGGAUGAUGAGUCAGUGUGUGGUUUGUGAUUGCCAGUGUGGGCCAUCCACAUGUAGAACAAAAAUACACCAAUGCCAACUUAAAUGCUAAACGGUGAACACAUUAAUGAUAUCAGAUCUUUGUUACACACAUCACUGAUGUAUUAUCAAAUAAAAGUUGUGCAGUGUUAUCAGUUUUUCUUCAUCAACUCAGCUUUUAUGUUCAGUGUGUGUUCUUCUCUACAGCGUCCAACAUGAUAAUGUGCACUGAAAGCUGUGAUUUCCAAAGGGCUACAUAAUUGCUCACCACUCCUCUAUGGAUUUAUGAUUCAAUCUUUUACAAAAGUUCCAUCAAAGGUUAACUUAUUUUGUUAUCAGCACCUCACUGUCAGCAUCCUCUCUGAGCCUUUUAGUUUUUCAUUACUGAUAAUGACAUAUCAAGUAUCAGUCAUCAUAGUUCAGUGCAGAUAUGAUGGACAGUCUUUAUUGACCACAACUAGUGGGUGCUAUGUUUUUCAUUUUUAUUAUUUGUACUGUAUUUCAGUUUUAUUAGCAGAGGAGCCAUUUCAUUGUGUUUUGGGAAAGGCUGUACCUCUGGUAUCAACACUGGGGGAUCAUAUCUGUCCCCAAAUUCCUUGCAUCAGUGCUUCAUUAAAUCAGUGUAACCAUGUGCAGCGUAUUGUGUUUUCACAUGACUGUUGACGGACAGCACGCUUACGCUGUGGACAUAUGUAAAGUAGUGACAGUUUAUGUUGGAAAAUGUAAGAAGAGAGAGAGAGAGAGAGUUAAAAUGACGGAAAUGUGUUCAUAGUUUGGGAUGAUUUCAAGCUGAAGCAAAACAAAAAC